UGCCUUAGUGCGACGGGUGGCAGUGGACGAGGUGUUGCGGCCGUAUCAUGAGCGAGGCGGACGGGCUGCGGCAGCGCCGGCCUCUGCGGCCGCAGGUAGUCACGGAUGAUGGCCCGGCUCCGGAGGCUAAGGACGGCAGCUCCUUUAGUGGUAGAGUUUUCCGGGUGACCUUCUUGAUGCUGGCUGUCUUCCUUACUGUUCCCCUGCUUGGAGCCAUGAUGUUGUUGGAGUCUCCCAUAGAUCCCCAGCCUCUCAGCUUUAAAGAACCCCCUAUCUUGCUUGGUGUCCUGCAACCAAAUACGAAGUUGCGACAGGCAGAAAGGCUAUUUGAAAACCAACUUAUUGGGCCAGAGUCCAUAGUAAAUAUUGGAGAUGUGAUGUUUACUGGCACAGCAGAUGGCCGGGUUGUAAAACUUGAAAGUGGUGAAAUAGAGACCAUCGCCCGGUUUGGUUCGGGCCCAUGCAAAACCCGGGAUGAUGAGCCUGCUUGUGGGAGACCUCUGGGCAUCCGGGCAGGGCCCAAUGGAACUCUUUUUGUGGCUAAUGCAUACAAGGGACUGUUUGAAGUAAAUCCUCAGAAACGUGAAGUGAAACUUCUUUUGUCCUCUGAGACACCCAUUGAGGGAAAGAAAAUGUCCUUUGUGAAUGAUUUGACCAUCACUCGGGAUGGGAGGAAGAUUUAUUUUACAGAUUCCAGCAGUAAAUGGCAAAGACGGGAUUAUCUGCUUCUGGUCAUGGAGGGUACUGAUGAUGGGCGCCUGCUAGAGUAUGAUACUGUGACCAAGGAAGUGAAAGUUCUUUUGGACCAGUUGCGAUUCCCUAAUGGAGUCCAGCUUUCUCCUGAGGAAGAUUUUGUCCUGGUAGCAGAAACAACCAUGGCAAGGAUACGAAGGGUCUAUGUAUCUGGUUUGAUGAAAGGAGGGGCUGAUAUGUUUGUGGAGAACAUGCCUGGAUUUCCUGACAACAUCCGACCCAGCAGUUCCGGGGGGUACUGGGUCGCCAUGUCAACCAUUCGCCCUAAUCCUGGGUUUUCCAUGUUGGAUUUCUUAUCUGAGAGACCCUAUAUUAAAAGAAUCAUUUUUAAGCUGUUUAGUCAGGAGACGGUGAUGAAGUUUGUGCCACGGUACAGCCUCGUGUUAGAACUCAGUGACAGUGGUGCCUUCCGGAGAAGCCUGCAUGAUCCUGAUGGGCUGGUGGCCACCUACAUCAGUGAGGUACAUGAACAUGAUGGGCACCUGUACCUGGGCUCCUUCAGGUCCCCCUUCAUCUGCAGACUCAGCCUUCAAUCUGUUUAGUCAGCCCAGCAGCUCACCAUGUGCACUAAGAGUCAUUAUACUCGGCCAUCAUACCUGAUCCAGGAGGAGCUAUGGACACAGUUCUGACCCCAUGUACCUAUCGGUCCUCGGAGGUGUGAUAGGAAUGGCUACUGUAACCUUGAGAAUGUGUAGGCCCCCAAGGGGCACCCAUCACCUGGGCCUGACUUCAUCUUUAGAGGAAAGCAUAAAAUAUCUGCUAUGGAGAAGAUAAAUUCAUGUGAAGCUAUUUCCCUUAAAAGAAAGAAAGAAAGAAAAAAAAAAGCUUUCUGAGUACAGUAAUUCUCCAGAACUUGGGGAAACUUCAUGCAUUUUUAACAGGGCUCAGGGUUUGUUCUGCUGGCCUCAGUAUCUUUAUACUCUUAUGGGUUUUUUUUUUUUUUUGGUGGGGGAUGUUGGUACAGGAGAACAGGGGUACACAGUAGAAAUAUACUGAGGCUAGCCAGCAAAAGCUGUGUGAACUGUGACUUUAGACUGUUUCUCAGGAGCUAUGUGGGACAAGGGCCCUUGGUCCCUGAGCAUUCCCUCCAUAGUGGAGGGGUAUCUUCCUACCUUCCACCUGCUGUGGCCUGGCCUUCCUUCAUGCUGGAAGUUUUCAAGACCUUGAGUAAGCAUGUAGGAAAAGUAGGCUGAUUCCAGUGCAAGAAGACUUCCUGGGGUUUCUUUCUGUGAAUACUUAUGCUGCUGGAAUUGGACAAUCCAGUAGUUUAGUACUUACUGCAGGGGUGUGUUUAGGAACAUCCUUUUUUUUCACCUCUAGACUCACAGAUAUAAAUAGUGCAUAUGUUGAUGUCAUAUUUGUGCUAGUGUUAUAAGCCCCAAGUUGCUGUGUAUCUUGAGAAGUCUAUACACUGGUCUUAAUUUUGAUAAUAAUAAAUAAUAUAAAAUCCA